AUGAAGGUUCUGUACACUCUGAGUGCUCUCCUGGCGCUCUGUGAGGGAGACUCCUAUUGGACCACCACCACUCGAUACCCGUACAUUACAGCGGGUCCUGGAGUGAGUCUGAAGGGGAGAAUGCUGACGCUGUCUCAGUCUUCUGGGGUGACUUUCUACCAGCCGUAUUACAGCAAUGCACCAGCAGAGGGCGAUAGAACAACCGAAAGACCCCGCGUCCCCACCACCACAUUCAACCCGAGAUGGUGGACCACCACAAACUACUGGACCACCCCGACUCCCAGUAACAGUGUGUCUGUGUGCCUGCGCUUCAUGGCUGACUCUUAUGGGAACCUCUUCAAACUGGCUCUAAGAUCUCCUCUGACGCUCAUCAUGAAUGGCCCCCAAGGCUAUGCUCUGACCUCCGACACCUACCCCUACUACUCCCAUGUCAUUCUCGUACCCAGGAUCCCCCUCCGGUCCUUCACCCAGACUCAGCCCUGGACCAGUGUCUGUGUGGUCCUGGACUCGGUCAGAAAUGUCGUUCAGCUGUUCCAGGGUGGACUCAUGAGCAUCCGGAAGAUUCCACCGUCUCGGAUAGUCUGGUCUGGAGAGCCUGUGGUGGACAUCUCGGGCUUCGAUGGGCAGGUGACAGACCUGGAGGUGUGGGACUAUCCGCUGCAGUACAGAGAGGUCUUCUACUACAUGAACUAUGGGUCGAGGGGGACAGUCCUGACCUGGUCCAACAUCGCGUACAGACCCAGAGGGACCGUCCUGUUUGAAGACACCUACACUCGCCAACAGAAGCGACCAAUCAGCAGCAUCCAGAGUGAGAAGGGGCGGAGACGGGGCAGAGCCAAAACACAAGACAAGAGUGAUAGAAAACAACGGAGGAAACAAAUGUUAUGA